ACCAGAGCCUCGCCUUUUUAUAUGAUUUGUAGUGGGUCUAAUCGAUUUUGGAAGGGAAAAUUACGUUAACUUGAUCUUUAAAGAACUUUACGCGAGUUAGUUAUUAAUACAAGAAUAUGCAAUUGUUCCUGUGAUAUAAUGACGUACCACGAAAUAUUAUUACUUAUGCAGUAUACACUGCCAAAAACGGAAUAAAAGAUUUACUACUUACUUUAGACAACAAUGAGUAAAUGACUAUAUUUAUAAUUUUAUACGGUAAUAUCAUUUUGACUAGAAAAGUCUCUUCACGAAAAAAAUGGGACAGACACAUCCAAAGCCAGAAACACAUCCCAAGCCCAAUAGUGAUAAAUCUAAAAAUGAUUUGUUCACUGAUCUGCCACCAGCUCCACGAGCGUAUACUGAUAAUUUUUGGAGAAAAGAAAACGAUGCUGACAGGUUUUGUAAACGUACUAUUGAGGUACUUAACCAAUUUCGUCAGCUUGAACUUGAAUCACUAGAGUCGGAUGAUGAAAAGGAAUCAAAAAUUGAGGAACUUUGUGCGAAGUAUCCUUUUGCUUAUAUUCCAUUAGAUGUUGAUAAAGAUGGUUAUGUGCGAGGAUUUAAUCUCUUUGGAUCAAUAUCAACUUAUAUUUAUGGAGAAGAUUUAAAAGAAUAUGGGGAGACCUUAAUUGUUUGUAUUGGUUUAGAAGACACUAAUGCAAUGAUAUACUUGGGUGGUAGUGGUAAAUUGUAUUAUGAACCGCUAAAAUUUUUGUAUAAUUACAAAGAUAUAGGCGUAAAAAGCUCUGAUGUGUUUCAAAAUUACUGAAAUAUAUUUUGAAACAUAAUUUUGCUUCUUAUCAAUACUCAAAGUAGAAUUAGUAGAUCAUAAUUGUAUCUCAAAAGUAUAAUCCACUUUUUAAAAGUAGAG